CGCCAGAACGCCGCCGCGCCGCCAUCAUGGACACCAGCCGUGUGCAGCCUAUCAAGCUGGCCAGGGUCACCAGGGUCCUGGGCAGGACCGGCUCUCAGGGACAGUGCACGCAGGUGCGCGUGGAAUUCAUGGACGACACGAGCCGAUCCAUCAUCCGCAAUGUAAAAGGCCCGGUGCGUGAGGGCGACGUGCUCACCCUUUUGGAGUCAGAGCGAGAAGCCCGGAGGUUGCGCUGAGCUUGGCUGCUCGCUGGGUCUUGGAUGUUGGGUUCGACCACUUGGCCGAUGGGAAUGGUCACAAUGUGCUCCU